GAGAGCUAGCAACACCAGUACGGCCCGUCGCGCUGCGCGUGGUAAUCAGCUAUGAACUAAUCAUUUCGGUUUUAUUCAUUACGGAAUAAAUUUUCUCGUAUCAUUUAAUUAUAAAUUCUAUGAUUUGUGACAAAAUUAGUGUAGUGAAAAUGACAUUGAUAAUUUAGUAUAGAACUAUCAACUAGGUGUAGCUAUCUGUAUUUAUUUGUGAAAAAAGUGUUAUAAUUUAGUGAGUAUUAUGAACUUUGAGGACUAUGAAACCCUUCCGACCCAGAAUUCCCUCACACACAUGACAGCCGGCGCGAUCGCAGGGGUGAUGGAGCAUUGCGUAAUGUACCCGCUGGAUUCGGUCAAGACGCGAAUGCAAUCCCUGCGAUCGGCUCACAAUGGCAGCAUAGUGGAAACCUUUCGCUAUAUGGUGCAGCGGGAAGGCCUGCUCAGGCCCGUCCGCGGUAUGUCCGUGGUAGUGGCCGGCGCGGGGCCGGCGCACGCCUGUUUCUUCGCGACCUACGAGCAGAGCAAGCACACGUUGUCACAGCUGACGAGGCAUCGGCACGACCAUAUCACACACGGUCUUUCUGGAUGUUUGGCGUCACUCAUUCACGAUGCUGUAUCAAAUCCAACAGAGGUGGUUAAACAACGGUUGCAAAUGCUGAACUCGCCAUACCGCGGCGUGUGGGAGUGCGCGAGGCACGUGUACCGCGCAGAGGGGCUGCGUGCGUUCUACCGCUCGUACGGCACGCAAGUCACCAUGAACGUUCCGUUUCAGGCGGUGCACUUCGUGACGUACGAAUGGUGCCAAUCGCUGCUGAACCCGACGCGCGGCUACGAGCCGCGCGCGCACCUGACGGCGGGCGCGUGCGCGGGCGCGCUGGCGGCGGCCGCCACCACGCCGCUCGACGUGUGCAAGACGCUGCUCAACACGCAGGAGCGCGGCGCCGAGGGGCUGGCGGGCGCCGCGGCGCUCGUGCUGCGCACCUCCGGCCCGCGGGGCUUCUUCAAGGGCGUCGCGGCGAGGGUGCUGUACCAGAUGCCGGCCGCCGCCAUCUGCUGGCUCACCUACGAAACGCUCAAGCACGCUCUGAUUACGUGAAUAUGUUCAGGUGGAGCUCGAGGAGGCGCCUGCGCUUCGUCUGGCACCGGAACCAGCGGCCACCUAGACACCCCCCAACACCCCCAACACCCCCAACACCCCCAAACACCUCCACACACUCCACCACGCGACUAGUUCACCCUUCGAACGACUAUCCACGAAAUACGUUGUUAUUUGGCAUACGGCAACGGCUGACAGUUAUAUAGAUAAUAGAUUGUUUAGAUUAUAGACCUAAAAAAAUAUUAAAAUAACAGUAAAAUUAUACAAGAGAAAAAAAAUUGUUAGAGGAUAUAUAUGCUCUGACAAAUUUUUAUAAAUUACAUACCAGAAUUGAUAUUACAAUGUGAAGCUAGCAUAAACUUAUGGAUGUUCAAACAUCUAACAUUACAAGUGGCCUGCAGCAAGAAAAUUAUAGUCUGAAAUAGAAUAUUCGUCUGUCUUUACUCUCUUAUUGAUAGAGCUGGGUUUAUUAUAUUGAUUUGUGACAUUUAAAUUUAUAUACGAACGGGUCAAUAUUGUAUUUAUGUAUAAUUAUUAUAACAAAAUUUGUUGGAAAAACAAAAAUUGAUAUGUUGUCAUGUAAUUGUUAUUGAAAUUAUAUAAAUGUGUGAACGAAAUCGAUUCUAAUCAUCAAAGCUAGUUUAUUCGUAGACGAUAAUCGAUUUUAUGGUCAUUGUAAUAAGACACUAUUUAUAAAAUUUACCAUUCGCAUUGGCAUACCAAUAAUUGAAAUAAACAAUAGCACAAAUAAAAAUAAUGUAAGGAACUUACAUGCCAAUCCAGACAAAUUAAAUUGUCUAUUUAAAAGCCUUCUGUCCAUUGUACGUAAUGUGUAAGAAAACGACAGAUAGAACUUUUUAAAUCGGUUGGUUGUUAGGCCCACUUUUAAAUACGCUAUAUUUAUGGUAUGUCAAUAACCAUGUAGUAGGAUUUCAGUCGAACGAAUACGAAAAAAAUACCAGUGAUCAUGAAAUAGGGGGCGGGGGAAGGCACCUGUUGUUGUUGUUACGCGUUUUGUUGUUUAUUAACAGAGUAUAAUAUUAUCGAGAAAAAAAAAUAUUUUUUUGUGUAUCUGUCUGUGCACGGGCCCGCCGCAUUGCGCUUUUUGUUUCAUUAAUUAUCUGUGAUUACGUUCGCUGCGUAACUUGUACAUAGGCGGACCCGGUUUGUUACUCUGUGCGAGGUUAUUUUUUUUUAACUGUCCGAUUUUUUAAACACGGAAUGCGAAUUUAACGUUUGAAAAUGGAACUUCGAAUGCCAUUUUGAAUUCAUAGCUCGUACGGCCGAUUCAAUUUGCUCACCGAUUAUUAAGAACUAUUUCAUAUUUAUGACAGUUCAUUUAUAUUCAUACAAAAGGAUCUUAUUUUUGAAGAGAUCUCUUCUAUAGUAUUAUUAUCUUGUAUUGUCAUUAACGUAAUUCUAAUAAAUCAUCGUUAAAUAAUAUUUGUAUAUAGUUCAAGCUCAGAACUUGUCGUCUCGUUCUCUAGCAUCGGAAUAACAAUUGAUUGGAGCGAGAAAUGAUGACAUGAUAUUUAUUAUUCAACCUACUUCAAAAAUGAAGGAGGUUAUCAAUUAACUUUCUAUUUUGGCUUUGUUACCUCAGAAGUUUUUACUGGGUGAACCGAUUUUGAUUAUAUUUUUUUUUACUUGAAAGCUGGUGUCUCUUCUGUGGUAGCAUUUAAAUUGCGUCCAGUUUUGGUUGAAGGCGGUUAAUUUUUUUUUUAAUAAUAAUUAUUAAUAUAACCACACUAAGAUAACUCGCGCAGAGUAAAGUUGUGUGCGUGAAGUGAGCGGUGUGUGUGUACGUAUGUGCGUAUGCGUGCGUUAGAAUAUAGCUGUGAUGUUAUAAAUAAAAUUAACUGUAAGUCAUUAUAAAUAGCGUCGAUAUUUAAGUAUUAAUUGUCCCUUACCUUUGUUUUUUUUAAUCGCAUACGAGUUAAUAAAUUUCUGUUGCUGUUUUAUAUUUUACAUGUGCGUAUAUUGAUAUUUUGUUUGACGUUAUAUAUGUAUACAAUAUUUGUGUGUAGUGUGUUACACACGCGCGUGUGUGGUUGUGUGAGUGAGCGCAUCACAGUGGUUGGUGCCACUAUAAAAGUGUGACUAUGUUACUUCUUCGUUAUAAACAUCAACCUUAUUUCUAUGCAGUUAGAGUUCAAUUCGAAAAAUGUCCCACUUAAUUAAUUGGUUAAAAUGCAAGUGCAGUUUUCGAUGCUUUCUUGUGAACGUUUCAAAUUGGAUGUGUAUUACAUUAAAAAACCCGUUUUAAUUAUAAUUAUAAAUAAAUAAAUAAGUAAAUAAAUAAAUGUGAAGCCUCGAAAGGCCUAUACAUAAACGAUUUGUGGUACAAUGAAAAAAAUUCAAAUAUACGUCUGUUGAUAUUUUGCUUCGUUCGUGAACCACGUUGGAAAAACUUUUGGCAUGUUUAGAGGCCUAUAUUUAGUAUAUAAUAUACGUAUAUUAUUGAAUAUAAAUUCGUAAAAUCGCUAUCACGUUUUAUUAUUCUGAUGAUAUUUUAUUUUUUGUGUUUAUAUUGUGUAUUAGUAAAGAUUAAAAUUUUCGUUCGAAGCAUAAAUGUUUACGGCACUUCUUUGAUUUCUUUUAUGAAUAAUAAUUUUAUUGUUAGAUGCUUUGCUUACCGAUGUUAUAAAAGUUUUUUUGUUAUCGCGUCGCCCGUCGUGAGAAUGCGUAUUAGAAUGGAGGGUAGGUUAUUAAUAUGAUAAUGAAAGUGUAGAUGUCUCAUUGGACAGAGAUUUGGGAUUGGGAUUUAUGUGACUUAGGUUCGAUGAAGAUGACCUAACAUCAUUUGUACUAGUCUAGUUUAAAUUCACCAGUCUCACAUUGUAUUUGUACAAAAAAAAAAUGUUUAAAAAUCUAUACGCACGUGGAUACUGAAGUGUUAACAGUCCGGACGAGCUACAUCUAUCCGUCCUUGCAUUCGUAAUAUUCAUGAGAAAGCAAAUUCGUAGAGAUGUAGCGAGACCCCUUUACAUUCAGCUUAUAUCAUUAGUAGGCUGUGAUUUCAAACUCUAUGGAGACUUGCACGGUUUUAAUUUUUUGUUUGUACAUACAGUUAUAUAAGGGUUUUGGGAAUUAUGUUUCAUUCGUAUAUACAUAACAGCGUUUGGAGGUGGAAAUUUAUCAAAUAAAUCGCGUCUCUAUUGUCGAGAACAUAGGGCUACUUUUCAAUUAUGAUUAUUGAGUGUAUAGCAAUGUACAACGAUGUAUAAAGUGGAAAACUAACUCGUGCCGCGUACUUUUCAAUUUAAAAUGGAUUGCCGCUUACAAGAUAUUCGUAUUAGGGAUAUAAAUUUAUUUUUAAAUGUUUUUUCAAUAAUUUAUAUCUUAAAAUGGUUUAAAAAUUGAUAGGGAAUUGAAAUAUUAUUUCGGCACGUAGUUUUUUUGCAAUAUUAUUUAAGUGCAAUCUUGCAUAACGCCCUAAUUUCUCCGCUUGCGUCCAAUCGAAAUAAUAAUGUAAAAUGAUGUUAUGAAUAGUAAAUGCAAGAAAAUGCACUUGUAUUCUCUUUAUAUCUAUAUCCAUUACUAUAUCGAGUCGCUCUUGAGAUUAGCCACCAAAAACGACCAAUGGGACACUGAAAAAUUAUUAAGUUUGAUUAUAUCUUGAUAAGCGGCCAGCUCAUACAAACCUACGUUUUGUAUGUAUACACAUAUAUAUAACAUAAUAAUAUCACGAUAUUGUUUUCGUUAGUAAGAUCAGUGUGUCUUCGUACAAACGUUGGAGUUUUAUUUUAAACAGGGUGUGAGAAAUUAUUAUUAUUUUUUUUUUUGAUGGAUUGUAAGGGACUUUUUACAUCUAGCCGCAUACGUAAAUCAGAUGUGAAAAGUCCCAGCGUCAGUAAGGUCGGCUCGAGUUGGGAGUAAGGGCCGUUGUUCACUGAAUAACGGAACAAAUAAUAGUUUUUGUGGGCACCGGCCUUUACAUCGGUUAGAGUAAGUGAUCCUAAAGGAUGGAAAACUAUGAGGUGCUAUGUAUGGCAGGCAAUUGUCGCUCAUUUGAAAGUCACGUUUUAUUCGUAUUUUUAAUUAAUGUUUAUUGAUGACGGAUUCUUUUUGAUCGCACUUUCGUAUGAAUAAUUGAAAACUUCAAACAAAAGAGAAACACGGUUUUCAAUAAGAUUUUGAAAGAUAAUGUUAAAAAAAAUCUUAAUGAGCAAGACACAAACAAUAAAUCAAUGUAAAAUAAAUACUUUUUUCUUUCUUUUAUGUAUAUAAGUGAUGAAUAUUCAAUCAAAGGAUUGUUUCAAAUAGCGACUUUUGUCUAGGACUUUUCAAAUUGUUGGUACAAUGACAAGCGUUAAUUGUAUUAGUGGGAGAGUCAAAUUGUUAGUAUUAAAGGACGGGACGGAGCCGCCAUGAUGGUAUGUGAAACAAGGAAUAAAAUAAACAGUUGGACAAUA